AAGAAGGCGGCACGGAAGGUAAACAGAACCAGUUCUUCGACGAAAGACGUUCGAAUUAAAAGCGUUGCGCGGUUAGUACGCGAUGUUUAUAACGUAUUAAUUCGGUUGGUUGUUUUUUUGUUGUUGUUGUUUAUUAAACCAUUUGGCGAUACGAAUUAAUUUAUGGUAUUUUUAUACGUUCAAGCAGUGUUCGAUUGAUUAACGAAAUAAAAUACGGUAGUGCAUAGUGUAAGUUCGAUGUGUGUUUCGGUGUGAACAUAUCUCACGAGUGAAUUCCCUGCAGUAGAGUGGAUACCUUUCCGGUGGAAAAGAAAAAUCUUCGACCGCAAAAGGAAACUAGUUAAAUUAACCAAUUAGCAAAUAAUGUCAGCGUCGGGUAAUGCUGGAAGAGGACUUUCUUAAAGCUAUUGUGAAAGGUGAUUCUCAGCGAGUGGUCCGUUCGCUUGGACAGAUUACAAAUACUGGACCUCUCAAGGAUGGUCGAAACGCGUUGCAUUUAGCCGCUCAGUAUGGUAAUUCGGAUAUUGUUUCUGUGCUAUUACUUUCCGGAUUAUUCGAUUGCAAUACACCGGAUUCGAUCGGAUACACAGCAAUACAAAUCGCAGCUGCGGAUGGCAACUUAGAAAUAGUCAAACUUCUAAUCAAACAUGGAGCCGAUGUUAAUUCGGCCGAUAACGUGCAUGGCAACUCAGCUUUGCACGAGGCAGCUUGGAAAGGUUUCAGUCAAACGGUAUCCGAGCUGUGCAAAGCCAAAUGUAAUUUAAAUGCUAAAAACUGGGGUGGUUUCACUGCUCUCCACUUGUGCUGCCAAAAUGGGCACAAUCAGAGCUGCAGGGAGCUGCUGCUGGCUGGAUGCGAUGCGGACGUCCAAAAUAACUAUGGAGAUACGCCGUUACACACGAGUGCACGAUAUGGCCAUGCUGGAGUUAUGCGUAUUCUUAUUAGCGCUCAGUGUCAUGUUUCGGAUCAAAACAAAAAUGGCGAUACUGCUUUGCACAUAGCGGCCGCAAUGAACCGCAGAAAAUUAACGCGGAUUCUAUUGGAGUCGAAGUGCGAUAAAAGCAUCGUAAAUAAGCAAAACGAAACAGCCGAAGCGAUCGCUAGGAGAAAAUCGCAAAACGAAAUUCUAGAUAUUUUAACCAAACCACCGUCAGCUCCCAAGAAACCGAAAAAUACCGCCAGCAAAGAAACCGUUACGACGAAAAAAACCAAGCAUCAUGAGACUGUCACCAAAUCAACCAGUAAACCUCACGCAAGUCAUAAAAAACUCGCAGCAGCAGCGGCGGCGGCGGCGGCGGCAGCGACAACAACAACAACUGUACCUAAAGGGGCCGCAGCGGCUGCAGCAACAGCAGCAGGAGCCCCAACAGGUAACGUUGCCAUACCAUGGUCUCCUUAUGGCUGCCAUUAUUAUCCGGACAGCACGGAUUUCCCAGAACCAAAUUUAGACUCGUUACCUCCAGAACCUUUGCAAAAGGGUGAACAAUACUACCUCGAUUUGGCUGGAAACAUUCGAAAAGGUCCAGUAGGUGUGGGGUAUUCGUGCUACUGCGCACCAUUCUUCCACGAGCUCGAAUCGCGUAUAGAGAAAAAGGCUAAAAAAAUCAAGAAACAACUCCAUCGAACCGAGGACGCAAUAAAUAAACGUCUAAACACCUUGGAAUACUGUAUCAGCGGCCAAUACACCGGCAACAAACCAGGAGGAGGUUCGGAGGGUACAUGUGCAAAUACCACCGUCAUCCCUAAUCCAGCGCACAUGCCACUAUGUCAAACCCGCAGCUUCGAUUCGGUUUUCGAUUCGAAUAGGCCUGCAUCCGAACAACUUGCUGCUUCGGUGGGUGACGACGAAGAUACUGCUCGGCCAAGUAUGCCGUACUUUACACACAAUCCGAACCCCGGAGGAGGCGAGAAAUCGCUGAGUAAGCAUACGAAUACUUCAGACACUUCUAGUCCGUGUUGUCAGCAAGACACUGCGAGUAGUUCGAGGCGCAAGUAUUUCUCUUCGGCGGGAUGCUUGGAUACCAACACCAAUAUCAAUCUGUGGCAGAAUACCAGGCUGCAGGAUGCCGAUAGCUGUGAAUCUAGCGACGAAGAUGGCGAAAAAGUUGAUAUACCUUGUAACGAUUCGGGGUAUAGUACGAAGAUGUGCAGCAAUUCUCAAGGGCCUUCGCCUUCGUUAUCUGGUCGAUUGGAAAACGACGGCUUAUUAUCAGUCACACCGUCUCAAGAAGAAAAACACCUCGAACAGAUCCAUUCUUACGUUACAAGCUUUCAGAAUAUGACCAUUAAGCAAGCCAGUAUGGUAUAGAAAUAAGCCCCCUACAUAUUUUUUUUGUCUAUCUCUCUUGUACGAGUAUAUGGUACUAAAGUAUUGUUAUAAUUUUUCUCCCUCUUUCUCUUAUUUUUUUUAUAUUUAUUAAAUAUAUAUUUUUUUCUUUUUGCUA